GAAACUCGGGACCAGGACCAUUAUCACUCUCUACAACUCCUGGUAAUGAGGGUGGAGCCAGGGCAGGUCAGGCUCUGCUCCCAAGUAACAAGUUACAGGAUGAAACAGCCUCAGGUUGUGCCAAGGGACGUUUCAAUUGGAUAUAAGGAAAAAUUUAUUCACAGAAAGGACUUUCAAGCACUGGUACACAGACUGCCCAGGAAAGUGGUGGUGUCACCAUCCCAGAAGUCUUUAAAAAAUGCAUGGUUGUGGCCCUUGGGAACAUGGUUUAGUGGUGGAAUUGGCAUUGUUAGUCUAAUUGUUGAAAUCAGUGAUCUUAGAGGCUUUUCCCAACCUAAAUUAUUCCAUAAUUCUGAGGACUUUAAUGCUCAGCUUAAGAUUUAGACCAUGCAAGAACAUUCCAGACCAAAGGAAGCAUCUGAAUUCCCUCUUAGGAGCCAGACCAAGAUCCUUUCCAGAGGCUUGGGGACAGCAGCAACCCUUGUGACGAGACUGGGCUGCAAGGCAGUGAGGCUGUUUCUUUCUCCUCUGCCUCUUCAUGGCAGGCUGGACUUAGACUCCUGGUGAAGUAGUGCUUGUUUAAACUCUAAUAAUCAAUAAUGCAGUGUGUGGCCCCAGAGCAAAGUCAACAUGACAAAGUUACAGCUCCAAAACAGUGGAAGGCUACACAAAUGAGGUGACACGGCAAAAAUAGGAGACUUAAAAUGUUAAUUAUUUGUUUUCUGAUGCUAUCUGCUUCUGAGUCACUGUGGAAGUUUCAAACAGGCUGCUUUAUCCUCCACCUAGAGGAAGAAAACUGUGGAAGUCUGUUUGGAGGAUUUGAGCUCUGGUGUGUCUGUUAGCGAAUAUAGUUUUGGUCUGUGGUCAUUGAAAAGGAAAUACUGAAAUGAUCUAUGGAGCCUGAAUUCCAAUCCAGCCAUGUGGGAGAUCCUCACUGAGAGAUCAGACUGAGACACUGAAAGGCCCAAAGCUUUGUACUGCUGGUCUUUGGCUCCACACUGAGGAGAGGUUACUGUCUUGGAAGAGGCAGGAGCAAGGCAGAGAACAUUUGCUCAGGGUCACCUGAGGCUCAGCUUGGUACAAUGUGCAGAGACCAUCAAGCCCACAGGAUGCUUGUGAACAUGUCAAGCCCACCUGAGCCAUGGAGCUUCCCACAUCAACCCACAUGCUGCUCCUUCCCUCUUCACCCACAACAGUCCACCUGGCUUAUGGCAUCAGGUUACCCAAGGAAUUCAUACUUUUCCUGGAAAAAACAAGUAAUUUUUGCUGUUAGGUAACGAGGAUUUGUCCCCAGCCAGAACAUAUGUCCUGGAGCUCAAAGAGCUGGAGCAGUUGCUCCUCCCAGAGAGCAGCCAGCAUUAGUGCAAGCUGUGAGUGAGUGGGCUGGGACAUGCUAUAAGGAAAUAUUAGAGAGCUGGGUAAACAGUGCAAGCUGGAGUGAGGAGAGAAGCAGCAUGGCAGAGCUUUGUGUCGGCUCUGUUCUGGUGACUGGGGCCAACCGUGGCAUUGGGCUGGGGCUUGUCCACCAUUUCCUGAGGAUGCCAAAACCACCUCAGUGGAUUUUUGCGACCUGUCGGGACCCCAAGGGACAGCGAGCACAGGACCUACAGAAUUUGGCCUCCAAACAUCCCAACCUGGUCAUUAUUGCUCUUGAAGUCGCCAACCCCGUCAGCAUCAAGGCAGCUGCGGCCAAGGUUGGGGAGCACCUGGGGGGCUCUGGGCUCAACCUCCUCAUCAACAAUGCUGGAAUGGUCAAGCCUAAGAUGCUUGAGGCUGAAACAUUGGAGGACAUGACUGAGACUUACACCACCAACACAGCUGGCCCCCUGCUGAUGGGCCAGGCAUUUCUGCCCUUGCUGAAGAAGGCUGCCCAGGGGAGCCCAGGCUCAGGGCUGAGCUGCAGCAAGGCUGCCAUCGUCAACAUGUCCAGCAUUGGCGGCUCCAUCGCUUCUUGCUUUGGUUGGGAGAUUAUGCCAGUUGCCUCGUACCGCUGCAGCAAGGCUGCUCUGAACAUGCUGAGCAAGUGCCAGUCCCUGGCAUACAAGGAGCACGGCAUCCUCUGCGUCGCUCUCCACCCCGGCUGGGUGCAAACUGACAUGGGCAGCUCUGCCGGACACACGCCCCCUGUGACAGUGGAUGACAGCGUGCAAGGGAUGCUGAAGGUCCUCUCCUCCCUCUCUGAGAAGGACACCGGCGCCUUCCUGGACUGGAAAGGGAAGGUCGUGCCCUGGUGAGGCAUCACAUCAGGAUCCUGGCAGCCAAGAGGUCCCUUUGGCACUGCUCCCACCUCCCCCACAUCCUCAAUAAACUCCU